CCGUCUUCCACAAAUCUUCAUACUCUUCGCUUCUCUUCUCAUUCACCUCUGCAACAUAUUCUUGCUCCAUAGAUCGUUCGAACUUAGGGUUUUGCUCUAAACCACAGACGUCAAUCACGUCAUCCCUCGAGUUUAUUGAUUCUCUGUCUCUCGCUAAUGGCGGACCAGAAAGAUCAAGGAACAAAUCCUCCCGCCGGUACGUCUGUUCAUACACUUCCAAUGAGACUUUUAGAUAGAACACCCCAAUCUAAUUCUUGUAACAUUUUGAAUGCAAUCUUCAGUAAUUAGGGUUUCUAGUACGAAUGUUCGGAAUCCUCUGCUUUUCGUUUUGAUUGAUCCAUUUAUGGCAACGGCUCUGCUUAUAAAGAACUGUCUUCUUGUAUUUGCACCGAGUGAUCUUGAUUCUGCUACUUGUCGUGAUGCAGAAAAGCCAGGUUUUCUACCAUUAAAGAAUGGAGCCAUGGCUGAAAAAUCACUCGCUGGGUAUAACAGAGCACCCGAGUCUAAUUCAAAGCCUUGUUUAUCCGACGAAAAGGUCACGAAAGAGACACUCAAAGUACUCCAGAAGAAAGCUUUCUACUCUGUUCUCCAAGCUUUCGGUUUAGAAACCUCGACAAUGUCAAACGUAACUGCAAAGAAGAAUGAGAUCAUUCAGAAACUGAUGAACGAGUGGGCGAUAUCUGACGAGACUCGCAUCUCUUUUGCGGAUGAGAUUCAGAAGAAUCUUCUGACCCUUCAACAAAGGGAGGAUGCAUCUGUCUCUGGUGAGAAGGAAAUGCGGAUAGUACCAGAGACGUCCUUGACCAAACCUGUAGCUGCGACGCCGACUUCGACUUUAGUUCCUAAAUCUAAAAAUAGCUGGGGCAGUGUUAAUCCCGAGUCUCUUAUUGGCAAAUGGGUUGGUGUAAGACUGCCUGAUGAAGCUAAGUUCGAAACAUACAUCAUCAAAGAGUAUGAUGCGACACAGGACAUGCAUCGCCUGAUUGAAGCAGACUCGAACGCAAUGGAGGUUGAUGGCUCGUAUAGCUGGUUUGAUCUCAGAGAAAUUUCUUCUCAAGAUAUCAUGUGGGAAGGUGGAAUAAAGCCAAACUUUGAUACUCCCAAACAAACUUCAGCUACAGCUCGACGCGCCCUUUUCUGAUAACAAUGCUCUUUUACAAUCACCUUCACAGCAUACGUUGACAAGGGCAAUGCUGAGACUGACGAAAGACCCUCUUUUGCAUUUUGUUUUGAGAUCUUUAGUUAGCCGCCUGUACAAUCACAUAACACAUACGUUUUUGGUGUUGUUUAGUGGAAUUAGUGAAGAAACGAGUCAGUGUUAAACAGGAUUCAGAUAUACUAUUUGGAUAUAACACUGACUGAAACGAGUCAUUAGCUGAUAUUUUCUUGACUCUUGUAUACAUUUUUUAACAGCUUUCUUUUCCUGAGCCAUGUAUUAAUUCUUCACAAAAUUGCAACUAUUAAU